AUGCAAUCAAUUCUUAAACAAAAAAUUCUCAGCAUCUGCGAAAAUUUGCAUUUCAAAACAAAUAAGGAAGAAAAUGUUUAUUGUCAUGGAAUAAAAAAUCUAAUAAAUUGUGCUGAUGAGUAUCAGUUAAUGACGUUAGAAUGUUCAGAAACUAAAAAAGUAAUAAAACUCAAAUAUUUCAGCCACAAAGCACUAAAUAAAGUUCACAACAUAAAACGACAUGAUUAUGCUUCCUUUUCCUUUCAUUCUAUUACCCUCGAACAAUAUCUUUGGUGA